CAAGCUUGAGCUUGCUCAUCUGAGCAUGUAGCAUACUCGUCAAACAGACUCGCCACGCCUUACGGCGGGCACCACUCGGACCUGUAAGACAAUUCCUAGAGCAGCGCUGCCGCAUCCUCCCAUGUAGGCUCAUCCUAUUUGGCCUCAUCCUCCUUGUACAGCGUUUGACAGCUGACCUAUGACUGCGAAAGGUUCGCUUUGCUUCGAGCACUCGAGAUAGUAAAUGUGACGUCACAACGACACGGUUAUCCCUACCUGCCGCUAACUGGGCUCUAGCUGCGACACCCACUAGCAAGGCCGAGCUCCCUAUAGGCUUUCUAAGGCGAAGUUCAGCUACUUGGCACUACGACCCGACUGACUGAAUGCCUCGGUACAUCCCCCACGACAGCUCACCAUCGUCCGACCUCACCCAAAUCCGUGCAGACCUCGUCCAGGCAGUCCAGGCAGGGGUCGCCCGCGUGCAGCGCCACCGCUCUUCCAAGCCGAGCGUCUACAUCGGUGUGGGAGGACACCUCCUCAUGUACUGGCAUCUUGCCGUCACUCUCCCAGAGCUCCAGCCUUGCGCAGCGCCAACAGUAGAAAUCGUACUAUUCCCGCUGACACACGCCGAUUCGAGCGCACACACAUCGUUUCUUGAGACGGGCAUCGGUACCGCGGCGCUCGUCCUCGCGCAACAUCUCCGCACGCCUUCAGGCAGCACGAACCAGCGAGAGAAGGCCGCAACAAGAGUGAUCGCAAACGCAGUGAAAACCGCCACACAUGAAGCUCUAGAUGAUGACGGCUGCGAGGUGCUCUACGGCCGCGCGGGCCUGCUCUACGCGCUGCUUUUCCUGCGCUCGCAACUCAAGCAUUCAGGAGGGGACGCGGACAGCGACGUGCUGGAACAGCUCGUCUCGGACGAUACCGUAAAGCUCCUCGUGGACGACAUCGUUGCCCGCGGCGAGGCCGGCGCCAAGGCGUAUGCAGACGAGCUUCUCGCCAACACACGGCAACGCGUGCCCGCACUCAUGUGGCGCUGGCACGGGAAACGCUACCUCGGUGGUGCGCAUGGUCUCGCCAAGAUUUGCACUGAGGAUGUGGACCCAGCGGGGAUCCUCCAGAUGCUUCUGCGUUGCCCGCCGGCCAUGCUCACCCCACACUGGGACGCACUCCUCGACACGCUUGAGUGGCUUCUCGCGCUUCAACAACCCUCAGGCAACUGGCCACACAAGGCACCACACUAUGCGCAAGCUGCGGGCGAGGAAGAGCUGGUGCAAUGGUGCCAUGGCGCACCGGGACUCCUGAUACUCUUCGCGACGCUCCUGCGCACCUUCCGCGCGGACAACGCACCGUUGUGCGUCCCCGAGCCGAUUGCACAUGCGUGUCGCUCCGCGCUGGGGAGGGGCGGCGUGCUGGUGUAUGAACGUGGCCUGUUGCGCAAAGGCGUCGGGCUUUGCCACGGCGUUGCCGGGAGCGUGUACGCGCUCCUCGCUGUCUCUGACGUCCUGGAUGCGUCUAGGAAGGCCAGAGACCCGAGGGCUACUGGAGAAUGGUUCAAGAAAGCCACACAGCUUGCGCACCUCGCGCGUUCGUACCAGCAGCUAGAAGCGCGUGGGGAGAUGAGCACACCCGACCGGCCGUACAGCCUGUACGAAGGCGUUGCAGGAAUGGUUUGCGCGUGGGCGGAUAUCGUACAACAUCUCGACGAGCCUCACGGAGAGAGGAAGAGGGGAAGAAACCGUACGGAAAUGCCGGGGUAUGACGAUUUCGAUGUGUAAGGUUGAAGUCGGCACAAGAGCAUUUGGAUGUAUGCUUGCAAAAUGAAAAGACAGACGUUUUGCCCGCUACAGAUUCACGCGAUGACCUCCUCAACAUCAGGCUUGAUAUGGUUGCCAGUAAAGUACAGAAAUCUGAGAAUACAGUACAAAUCUACUCUCAAUUGUACAGAUUAUGCCCGGAGGACAAUGAGUUACAUGCUUUCAGUUUACUGAACACCAGGGAUGUUGCGUCCUACCAAAAGA